AAUCUCGCCCUUAAGCAGGCGAAGCAAGGCUAUCUCCAGCAGGCCGAGAUAUGCUACCUCAGUGCCUGGGAAGCGUCGGCCCGACGCUUGGGCGGCGACCACUUCAUCACGCUGCGAAUUCUCGGCAGCCUGGCGCAGGCAAGGUGCUCUCUCGGGCGCGUGGACGAGGGGUGGCCCAUCCUGCAGCAAGUGCUCGCCAUGCAGCGCAACCUACUGGGACCCGACCACCCCGACACUCUGGUGACGCGCCACAAUCUUGCG